CCAUCUGACGAAAAGGACCCUUUUGACGCGAAGGAAACCACGGACCCAAACCCCCAAUCUCACUCUUCCUCUCUCUCUUCCUAUUUCAGCGACGUCAAAGCCAGCCUCAGGCAACACCAACAGCAGCAACAAUCGCCGCCGCCGCCGGAACAGAGUAGACCCACUCCUCAAGAUCCGUCAUGUACAAACCCUUCCCCAUCCGGGACCUCCAAAGUUGCUUCCUUGGAAGAAAUCCGCAAAAACCUCUCCGAGUUUCGGCGCCGAUCCUCCGUGCCGGACCCCACCGAAUCAGGCCCUGCAUUUUCGCAACAUUCUUCUACGGCUUCAGAUUUCCCACAGCAAAUCUCUUUUCAAGAGCUCUACAAGAGAAAUGUGCUUGACAAGGCCGAGGCGGCAAUGCCGAUAGUGACCGGAAGCUCUCUUUUGAUACGAUUCGAGAGAGUUUGAGGAAGAUAAAUAAUCCCAGUGUGCAAAAUGAUAGGAAGGACCCUUCGUCAUUGUCGCAGUAUACGGAGAGUUUGCGCCAGAAGCUGAACCAGCCGAAUGUGAUCGGAGGGAUUUACGGGAAAGAUUGGUGAAGUUGCAAGGGUCGGACCAGGAAAAGGCAAAGAAACCAUCAACAGUACAGAGAAUUGAUAGUCAGCCUUCAUAACAACCCAUAGUACGCACGACUGCCUUGUUAUCACUUGAGAGCUCUUAUUGAGUUAAUGUUGUAUGCUAUCUGUUGGAAAGUAUUUCCAUCCAGAUAACAUGUCUUCUGCAGAAAAACUGAAGCUUGAGCUUGCCAAAGUUAGAGAUGAGUUUAAAAUGUCAGAGUCGGAUUGUGGUUCUGCUCGAGUUCAAGGUUUUCAGUUGACUUGCAAACAAUCUUUCAAUCUCCUUUCACCCAUAACAAAUUUGUUAUCGUUUGAAAGUUUUCUUCCUUUGUGCUGUCACAUUAUACUAUUCCUGGAGAAGAAAAAGGGCCAUUUGUUGAGCUGGAGUACUGCCAAAAUGGUUUUCUUUGCUUGGUCUUUGGUGUGGGGUGUCUUCACCUUUGAAAUUUCAGGAAGUGGAGGUCUUCUUAGGUAAAUAUUUUGUAUCUGAAAAAAAUUGCUAGGAAUCAGUUGACCACUUUCUGCUAUACUUGAGUUCAGAGUUGUGUACUUUCCUCUUCUUCUAUGUGGUUCAGUUGGUUAUGUCUGGCUCAAUAAAAGGUUUUCUUUGGCAGACGGCUCCCUUGUGUAUAUGAAGAGAAAGAAACAGUAGACAUUUUUAGAAUAUGAUCCCAAUUGGGGUCCUUUAAGCAUUCCAACCUGCACAGAACAAUUGUUAAGGUCUCCAUUGAAGGGGAGAAAAAGAAUAAGUCGAAACUGGGAUUUGUUAUUUUAGCUGUUAAACGAGUUAAAAUGGUUUAUGGCUUAGAACUUAGUUAAAGAGAAAAAAUCUUCAACCCUAUACCCCUUUGCUGGGGAAAAAUAAAGUGUUUAACUGUGCUGAAAUUAGUACGUUCAUAGCAUGUUUACCCCUUCUAACACAACUUGAAGGUUAAUAAACAUUUUGUUAUUUUGGUUGCUCUGCAGUGGCACAACUGACGACAAAAAUCAAGCAUCUACAGUUCUUCACCGCUCACUUCAUCCCUCUGAGGUCAAACUGCCGCUGCCUGCCAAGUUCAAUAUCUGUAGGCUGGGACAUCUUUUUCCGAUCAUAGCCAACGCCUCAUCAUCGAUUCCGGAAUACAUCCAACUCAAUACCUUCAACUUGGGAAGUUCAAACUCAAGGAGUAAACAAAGGUUCUUCCUCACUCUACCAUUUAUCAUCAAUUCCCUAAUCUCAGAGCAUCUCUUCAGUACUUGUACAAUGCCGCUUUCUGUAACUCCCUUGCAGCCGCGCAAAUCGAGCACUUCCAAAUUGGGGAAAGUAGAUGCAAGACUUGUCAAAAAGGCAUUGUCUAUUGAGCUAUUUUGAGCCAAGUUCAGAGAUUUGAUUUGAUUGU